CUGCAUAUAUUUUGUAUUAUGAUACUUGCUACAGCUGUUUCUUGCCAUGUAUGUCUUGACUACGCCAUUUUCUUGCCAUUCAAAGGCUACGUGGUGGAGGAAAUGAUGCAGGUUCUCAUGGUGAAGAAAAAGCAGGCCAUUAUGCUUGAGCGUGGUCACGACGUUACGAGCCUGCAAGCCUUGGGGAAACGCUCGGUUGGUCGUCGCCGACACGUUCUCACCCUCGGGCGCGCGCUAUCGGCACUCCAAGCUCACUCUGUCGACAAGUGGGAAACGUUACAGGGCACAGGAGUCUCGAUUCUGAGGCAGAAAUGUGUGGAAAAGAAAGGUAGGAGCCUCGAGAGAGGGAUUCUGCUUGCGUUAAGAAGACGGCUCACGAGCUUAGAUUCUACUUCUCAGGCAUAGUAGUAGUAUAUGCAGGUAUCUUAUGUGCCCUGACGAGGUGAUCAUAUGACCAAGUAGCAGACAGCAGUAAUCCCUGAUGAAGUAACGCACAGGCACAGUUAGGUGACGUCCGGAUAAGUUUACUGUAUGUCAUGGUGCUUGACAUGACUGUUUCCUUAGAUCUACUAGCAUAGCUCAAGGACGAGAUGUACUGCUUAAACCUUGGAUUCACUUAUGAUGUUGAUAUGUAACGAGCUCUUCUGCGAGGCUGUCGCGGAGAAAGGCCGGAAAGCACAGUCAGAGCAGGAGUAACAAAAGUUGGUGACAAACAAUAAUGCUGGGGUUUAGCUAUCAGGUGACUUUUUGGUACGAGCUCCUAAAACCAACACACAGCUUCCUGAACCUACUCAAAAAGACUUGGUUUUGGUUGCACAGUGGUACUCGAUGUUAGCAGUCUUCUCUUUAUGGAGACUUUUGCUAACAUAACGAUGCAUGGCGCUCCAAAGCAUAGAGAGAGGGAGGGUCCAAUACUCGUAUAAACGUGUUUAUGAGGUUGACGUCUGAGAG